AUGAAUGAAGACGCUAAAUUUUUAAAAAGAAUGAUCUAUUUUUUUAAAAUUUUAGUCAACACAACGAUGGUGAAUACGAAGUUAGCAGACCCUGGAGCAUUUGAUUCAACAGAAAUAGAUGAAGUGGCUCAUCUGACGGACUUGGAUGAAUAUCUGGAACUUCUCUACGAGGAUAUAGGGGACAAAUUGCGUGCAUCAGCUCUAGUUCUACAACUGGCACGGAAUCCAGAUAAUCUUGAGGAACUUUUCCAGAAUGAGACUUUAGUCGGAGCCUUGGCACGCGUAUUACGCGAGGAUUGGCGAAAAAGUACCGAUUUGGCGACAAACAUUGCGUACAUCUUCUUCUGUUUCUCUUCCUUCUCCAAUUUUCACACGGUCAUACUUCAUUUUAAAAUAGUUUCAUUCUAUCUCCUGUUGAAUAUAAGCGAGGAUUUGAACGUGGAAUUGAAAAUGCAUAACAAAGGCAUUGUUCUACUACUUUGCCGGUGUCUUGAACGCGAAAGUUUUGAACUAUUAAUACUGAUCGUUUCGUUCUUGAAAAAACUGAGCAUAUUCUCAGAGAACAAAAAUGAAAUGCUGAAGUCAGGAGCUAUUGAACGACUGAUUCGUCUCUUGUCGAGGCAAGAAGCGGAACUGAUCAAUAUUACCCUGCGUCUACUAUUCAAUCUGAGUUUUGACACAUCGGCCAGAUUGGAAAUGGUCUCACGGGGCUUGAUUGGUCGAUUGUGCGACUUGCUUGAAAAUGAUGUGCAUCGAUCUGUCAUUCUCUAUCUCCUGUAUCAUUUGAGCACGGAAGAUCAGUCAAAGAAGGCAUUCGCUAAAACUCGUUGUCUUUCUCUUGUGAGUUGA